CGCCUCCAUCUAUACACUCGCCAGGAACGCCGCGGCGGAGUUGUUAUUGUCAAUAAAGUUUUGUAGAGAAAAAAAAAAACUUACGAGAAAGUGAUUGGAUGCUUGUGUCUAGAACGCAGAAUCUCAUUGGUCGGUUGGUUUGAACUGCGGCGGUUGUGAAGAGACGGAGAUCACCGGGUGAUAGCUGCGGCUACUAUACUAAUAAAUAUAAUGGAAGCGACCAAGAGACUGACGGCGGGAGAAGAGCGCCGGUUGAAGCUUCUUGAAUACUUGGCAGCAAAAGGGAAGCUGAAACCUCAAAACAACUGCAAACCAUAUCUAAAAGAUUGCACCAAUCUACAAAGUAAGAAGCCACAUGAGUCUUCUAAACAGAUUUGGGAGACAAAGAAAAAUGCUUCUAGUAAAGUGUCACAUUUUGCUUUUGAAGCAAAUAAGAACAAAACCUCAUAUGCCGGAUCUCUUCCACAUAAACCGAGCUUAGGAAAAGUUCCAGCACAGCAGACUGUCGCAGCAAACAGACCUGUGAAUAAAACUUUAUCCAGGAACCCUCAUCCAUCUAAAUGCGGCCUACAAGGAGCAAGACCAGAUUAUGUGGAAAGGACGGUGCAACCCUCUUCUGUUCCCAAGACCCAUGCUAUAAAGCAGGAAAGAAGUGAAGAGGCGGACAUCGCACUAACAGUUAUCUUGACAAAAACACAACAUGGGGAGAAACCUGAAAUCUGUGUGAUGGACAAGACAUCACCUACCAGGAGGAGCCAACAUGCAUCCGGUGUACAGUCUAAGAACAGACAGCAGAGCAUAUCCCAAUAUAAGAAAAUGCCUGUAACCAAAACCAUAACACAGACUACCAAGACAAGUCUCUGUGAUGCUCAGACCCAACCUCCAGCUGGUAAGCCCUUGCCUGUGGACAGCAGUGGACACAUCCGCAUAGUGUCUAGAUUAAGCCUUCCUGGAGUUAAAAGUGCAAAUGAAAGAAGCUUCCUGAUCAAGAAUUUAAGGAAUGAUGGCUCAAAGCAACCAGUAAAGGAGCAGAGGAAGAGUAAAUCUCAAAUGACUUGUCCUACCAGGCACAGCACAGCCGCACCAGGCGCAUCCUCCACUAUCAUGGCACAAAAGAUUAGCACCGGUCCUGUGUCUGCUCCAAAGACAAAACUACGUACUUCAAGGCACAGCACAGCCGCACCAGGCGCAUCCUCCACUAUCAUGGCACAAAAGAUUAGCACCGGUCCUGUGUCUGCUCCAAAGACAAAACUAUGUACUUCAAGGCACAGCACAGCUGCACCAGGCGCAUCCUCCACUGCCAUGACACAUAAGAAAAUUAGCACAGGUGUUGUGUCUGGCCCACAGACAAAACAAUGUAAUUCGGGUUAUUCUUCAAAGCAGAUGUCUAAUAGUCAGAAUACUUAUUCACUGAAUAACCUAACAGCUUCUAGAAAAAGCAUAGGGCCACUUGGAUGUAACAAAGUAGUAGGUAGAUCCAAGGAUGAGUACACUAAACAAAACAGAACUAGAGAGAACAAGCAACAAGGUGUGACUAAAGUAACCACCAGUAAAGCAUCCAAUCUUGCUGCCACGGACACCACUUGCAGACCACAGACUCCCAGCAUGACAGCGGAAGACCGCAGGAAGAAAUUAGAAGAGUGGAUGAAGUCUAAGGGUAAGACUUACAAGAGGCCACCCAUGAUACUGCCACCAAAGAGACCACCCACAGCGAAAAAACAAAACCCCUGUAAUCGCUCUUUGUGGGAGGGCAUUGAGGAAGAGGAGGAGCUUCUGUCUCUGUCCAAUAAGAUCAGCCAGACACUUAGCGAGUGUCUAGAACUCAUCGAGAAGGGAAUUCCAGGAGAGGAUAUUCAUGCUGCAUUGGACAAGGUCCCUGAAGCAAAGAGGUUUGCAAAGUACUGGGUGUGUAAGGCAAGGCUCCUAGAAAGGGAAGGCAUCUAUGAGGUUAUUGACGUCUACAAGCAAGGGGUCCAAAAUGGGGCCACGCCAAUUGAGGAGCUGAGGGAGGUUGUGUUUGACAUAAUGAAGAACACAAACAAGAAGACGAAAGUGGUCACAUUUGGACCUUUGCCAGCUGAGGAGGAGAAGGUGGAGAAUGAGAACAAUGAGGUUAUCCCUUUAACUCCGUUUAGAAGUCGUACAGAAGAGGUGAAGACCCCCGGUACUGGGACUGGCAUAUGUGAUCAAGGUUCUGCUGUGAAGCUUCAGGUCAUAGCUCUUUCCAGCAAGAAGAAGAUUCCUGGAAGUGGCCAAGAAUGGAAGCGCCUCACUCCGGUGCGGAGGUCCGUGCGGAUCCAUCACUCCUCUUCGCAGUACCCAGAGGUGGUACAGGAACAUGAUACUGUGGUGUCCUGUUUGGAAGAGCUCCUGGACCAGGCUGAUACAGAUGCCUACCUGUACAUGAGGAAUGAGGCGCUGCCAGAGGAGGCAGAUCACAGCAUCCUUAGCCUGAAGAAAGAUCCCACGGAGGGUCAACAUGAAGGACCAGAGUGAAGACUGCAGAGCCCUGUCUGGUCUACUAAGCAACAUGUACAUGUCUGUGUUCUCCAGGCUGUCUGUACUCAGGCCAUGUUCAUCAGUCAUUUGGUUGCAGAAAUACUAUCAGAACUUCUACCCGAUUGCAUUUCCACAUUCUAAAAGCCAUACAUUUUGCACCAUAGCUGUGGGCAAACCUGCUGGCCAUUGUUAGGCCUUUGGCCACCACCUUAAUAGCACACCAUGAUUCUCAGGAGUGCCAGUGGGCUUUUAGAGGGAGUUCAAAUGUUUUCCACUGAGCUGCCUUAGUCAGCAAUGACUGUGGCAUCUUCAGGGUCUAUUCACACAUACAGUAUCCUGCACAUUUUUGAUGCACAGGAUUUGAAGCUGCAGAUUUAAUGCUUUGUUUGGUCAUUUGGUUUACAUUAAACUCUGCAGCAUUAAAUUUGCAGCUUCAAAUAUGUGCAGGAUACUGUACGUGUUAAUACACCCUAAGGGUUUGGCACGACUUGACACCUGCCACACACGGGACAGGCACAGCUCCCAUACUACUACUAUAGAACAGCAUGGAACAGAAACGGACAACUCACUUCUGUUUAUUAUCGUGGUGCUGGAGGAGAGGUCUGGUGCCAUCUGCUGGUGAUUAGUUAUGUGCACAAUGAAACUAUACAGCAGUGGUCUCCAAUCUGCGGACCUCCAGAUGUUGCAAAACUACAACUCCCA